CGGAAGCGGACCGGAAGUGAAUGAGGCCCAUCCGGUUUGGCGGCGUGGCCGGGGCCGGUGCUGGAAUCCGUGAGCGGGCCGGGGGUCCCGGAUCGGGAGUUCUUGAGCGGGCUGUGGAUCCCGGAUCAAGAGUUCUCGAGCGGGCCGGGGAUCCCGGAUCAGGAGUUCUCGAGCGGGCCGGGGAUCUCUGAGCGGGCCGGGGGUCCCGGCGGUGCCACGAUGUCGAUGUCGCACCUGUACGGCACGGACGGAGACGAUGGCGUCGAGAUGGAGAGCUUCGAGGUGUCGGACUGGGACCUGCAGAACGAAUUCAACCCGCACCGGCAGCGGCACCGCCAGACCAAGGAGGAGGCGACCUACGGCGUGUGGGCCGAGCGCGACUCGGAUGAGGAGCGGCCCAGCUUCGGCGGGAAGCGCUCCAGGGAUUACUCGGCCCCCGUGAGCUUUGUCAGUGCUGGGCUGAGGAAGGCGGCGGCAGAGGAGCUCUCUGAUGAGGACUCAGAUGACGAUGAGAAGCCUGUGAAGCAGGAGGAGAUUCCCAAGGAGUUUGUGCCCAAGAAGUUAAAAACAGGUGGAAAUUUCAAGCCCAGCCAGAAAGGCUUCGCAGGAGGCUCCAAGUCCUUUGUGGAUUUUGGCAGCUGGGAGAGACACACGAAAGGGAUUGGGCAGAAGCUUCUCCAGAAGAUGGGAUAUGUCCCUGGAAGGGGUCUGGGGAAGAAUGCUCAAGGAAUCAUCAAUCCCAUCGAGGCCAAGCAGAGGAAAGGCAAAGGUGCUGUGGGCGCUUACGGCUCCGAGAGGACCACGCAGUCCUUGCAGGACUUCCCUGUGGUGGACUCAGAAGAGGAAACUGAGGAGGAAUUUCAGAAGGAGCUCAGCCAGUGGCGGAAGGACCCGAAUGGAGGCAAGAAAAAGCCCAAAUACAGCUACAAGACAGUGGAAGAGCUGAAAGCCAAGGGCAGGAUCAGCAAGCAGCUUGCAGCCCCUCAGAAGGAGCUCUCCCAGGUCAAGGUGAUUGACAUGACGGGCCGGGAGCAGAAAGUUUAUUACAGCUACAGCCAGAUCAGCCACAAGCACAACAUCCCCGACGACAGCCCCCAGCAGCCCCUGGGCAAGGACUCCAAACCCCAGGGCUUUGCCCUGCCCGAGCUGGAGCACAACCUGCAGCUGCUCAUCGACAUCACGGAGCAGGAGAUCAUCCAGAGCGACCGGCAGCUGCAGUACGAGAGGGACAUGGUGGUCAACCUGAGCCACGAGAUCCAGAAGAUGGCUGAGGUGCUGUCCCACGAGGAGAAGGCCAUCAGCAACCUCAGCAAGGUGCUGGACAUGGUGGAGGAGUGUGAGAGGAGGAUGCAGCCGGGCUGUGAGAACCCUCUGACCCUGGAUGAGUGUGCAAAGAUCUUUGAGACCCUGCAGGACAAGUACUACGAGGAGUACAGGAUGUCGGACAGGGUGGACCUGGCAGUGGCCAUAGUUUAUCCUCUCAUGAAGGAGUACUUCAAAAACUGGGAUCCCCUCAAGGACUGUACAUAUGGCACGGAGAUCAUAGCCAAGUGGAAGAGCCUUCUGGAAAAUGAUCAGCUGUUAUCCCACAGUGGGCAGGACCUGUCAACAGAUGCUUUUCACAGAUUGAUGUGGGAGAUCUGGAUGCCGUACGUCAGAAACAUCGUGGCGCGGUGGCAGCCGAGGAACUGUGGAUCCAUGGUGGACUUCUUGGACAGCUGGGUGAAUGUUGUUCCUGUGUGGAUUCUGGAUAACAUUCUGGAUCAGCUCAUCUUCCCCAAGCUGCAGAAGGAGGUGGAGAGCUGGAACCCUCUGACAGACACGGUGCCCAUCCACUCGUGGAUCCACCCCUGGCUGCCGCUGAUGCAGGCGCGGCUGGAGCCGCUGUACUCGCCCAUCCGCAACAAGCUGGCCAACGCCCUGCAGAAGUGGCACCCCAGCGACUCCUCUGCCAAGCUCAUCCUGCAGCCCUGGAAGGAUGUGUUCACUCCCGGCUCGUGGGAGGCGUUCAUGGUCAAGAACAUCGUGCCUAAACUCGGGAUGUGUCUGAAUGAGCUGAUCAUCAACCCUCACCAGCAGCACAUGGAUGCCUUUUACUGGGUGAUCGACUGGGAGGGGAUGAUUUCUGUCUCCAGUCUCGUUGGGCUGCUGGAGAAACAUUUCUUCCCAAAGUGGCUGCAGGUGCUCUGCUCCUGGCUCAGUAACAGCCCCAACUACGAAGAGAUCACCAAGUGGUACCUGGGCUGGAAGUCCAUGUUCUCAGACCAGGUGCUGGCACAUCCCUCCAUCAAGGACAAGUUCAAUGAGGCUCUUGACAUCAUGAACCGGGCCGUGUCCUCCAGCGUGGGCGGGUACAUGCAGCCGGGCGCGCGGGAGAACAUCGCGUACCUGACGCACACGGAGCGCCGCAAGGACUUCCAGUACGAGGCCAUGCAGGAGCGGCGCGAGGCCGAGAACAUGGCCCAGCGCGGCAUCGGUGCCGCCGCCGGCUCCGUGCCCAUGAACUUCAAGGACCUCAUCCAGACCAAGGCCGAGGAGCACAACAUCGUCUUCAUGCCCGUCAUCGGGAAGCGGCACGAGGGCAAGCAGCUCUACACCUUCGGCAGGAUCGUCAUCUACAUCGACAGGGGCGUGGUGUUUGUGCAAGGGGAGAAGACCUGGGUGCCCACCUCGCUGCAGAGCCUCAUUGACAUGGCCAAGUGAGGCCUCUGUGCAAGGGGAGACUACUCUGGGUGCCCACCUUGCUGCAGAGCCUCAUUGACAUGGCCAAGUGAGACCCUGCUGGGGACUGAGUCCCUCUGGGUAACCCUUAGAAUAAACAAGUUCCAGGUUUGUAAAUAGUGACACUGGAGCUGGAUGCCAGGGUGGUUGUGCUGGAAGAGCUGUUCAGGCAAGAGGAUGAAGGGCCAGACUUUCCAACCUGGGAACCCAGGCUAAGGGAGAACGAGCAGUGCUGACACUUGGAACUGCCACCUGGGCCAGAGGUUUACCAGCAGAAUAGGAGAGAGGACAUUCUCUGCUCCAACAGCUGAGUGAGGGCUGGCCUGGCUGAGUCCCCUGAGUCUAGUGACAGAUGUCACAGCUUGUGUGCUGUGCUGGCAGUGAGUUACUGUCCCCACAGGAUCCCUCGCACAGUGGGCUCCUCUUGCACACAGCCAAGAGCUGUCCCAAGUCUCUGCUGUGGCACUGCAGUGGUUAAGAGCACAGAGGUGAGGGAAGGAACCCUAAGGCUUUUUUUUCCUGGAGGGAGCUGACCUGGUUGUUCUCAGGACAGAUUAAGAGCUGAUCUCAGCAGCAAUGAGAGCUGGGAGCUUUUUCCAAGUGUGCACUAGGAACCAGACCUCAACACUUACCACUACAGAUCCCUCAGAUAAUUUCCCCUUCCUGAUGCUUUGAAAUGUGUGUAGGACAUGCAGAGGCCUUGAAUUGUUAUGGAAGGGGAGGGAAUCAAAGAGCAGUCACUGCAGUGUGGAUGGUUUUCAAGGCAGGUUUGGUGGAAUUAGUUUGCUGUAGCUCAGCGGGUGUAAGUCAACGCUCAACUUCACUUUUUUAUUAAAUAAAAUACAAAAAUGUCCCAUCA